AAUCGAAAGCAGCGGGAUCUCGCCCUCCUCAUGCCCUCGCGCUCGAGGGCGCUGCUCCUGCGCCUCCACGCAUGCCUGCCCACGUCUGCUGCACUUCGUCGUGGAUGGCGGUGCUCAUACUCUUCGUCUGUCGACUGCCUACCGUCGCCUUGCCCCAACCGCGAUUUUUCCAGCCGACGCCUCGCGGUGUCCCUCCCUCCAAGCUUCCAGGACUGGUCUCAGUGCAGUACUUUCAGUAGUAUUAGCACAGGAGGGCUGGAACAGGAUUUGGGAAAUGGAGUAGGAGCCGGUGAGGAGAUGCUACUUGAGGUAAUUGUUCUUCCAAUAGUUACCGUGUGCAAUUAUGUCAACUUGUUGAAACGGGCCUGCAGGAAUUCAAGUUGAUAUAUCUUAGUACUGGAAUAUUGUCUCUCGUGUGAUAAACAGUGGUGAUGCAUGGAUGAUGUACAGCCUUGACAAUAAUAAGGUCAAAUAAAUCUUUCAUUUUGUUUGUCUGGCUCUGGAGUUAUAUGAAUAUUGGACAUAUAUAUAUGCAGGUCUGACUUUUUUUUUUCCAUAGAGGGCAGAUGUGUUCUUUUCAUAAUGGUUAAGGACACAGCUGCCAUCUUGACAUAGCUUUUUCUUUCCACAAUGUAUUUUGCUUGCUCCCAAGGCCGGUCAAACAUUUAUAUCAUCUGGUACCAUGUGAAAAUUAAUUAGCUAAGAGCUGAAUGCAUCUUAUCCUAUUGUCCAAGACCUAACAAACACAAGCAGCA